AUGGACCAUCCUGUGAUUCAGCAGGUCGCAGAGAAGUAUAAACGCGACCCUGCGCAGAUUCUCAUUCGGUGGUCUUUGCAAAAAGGAUUCGUCCCUCUCCCCAAGAGCGCCACACCCUCUCGCAUCCACUCCAACGCGCAAGUGUACGACUUCGAGGUGGCUGAGGAGGACGUAAAGAUCCUUGAUGCCUUGGAUCGCGGAAAGGAAGGUGCUAUCAGCUGGAACCCCGUCGACGCUGACUGA